GCGAGCAGGCAGUCUGCGGUGAUGGAGCUCGGUCUGCUCAGGCGACGGCGCUCGUUAUGAUGGUAUCUGACAUUUCGAGCGACAUUUUGCACAUGUUGCUCGCUCGACACGCGAUGUGACUGCGGCAUCGAGUCAGAUAUGACUCAGAUGCUUGUCACUAGCUAGCUGUUAGCUCACUGAGCCCUCAUCCUCCCUGCUACGGUCAGAGCUCCAGCGGGCGGCUAGCAGCUCAGCUGAUCAGCUGCUGCACCACACCGAGCCCGGAGCCCCAACAUGAUGAGGCCUUAAUGUCAGAUCGGCGACGGUGUGUUCAGGCAUCAAAUACAGACAUGGCGUCUCAGCUCCAGGUGUUCUCCUCUCCCUCUGUGUCCUCCAGUGCCUACUCUCGUUCAAAGAGGCUCAAAGUAGAGAACCCUGCCUGGGAUGUGUCCAACCAGCUGGGAGACAACAGUUACUAUCAGCAGAGUCCCACCCAGGGAGCUGCACCCUCCACGUCCGGCUCCAACUUCAACCCAGUGUACAACCCCAACCAGGUGCAUCCGCCAACUGCAGGCUCCCGGGAGCAGACAGUGGUGCGGGCAGCAGACAGCACAGGUAGCCUCCGCGGACCUCCCUCCUCCUCCUCGUCCUCCUCCUCUAGCCGUCGUGUCAAGGAUGCAGAGUCUUCCUCCCAGCCGUGCGACCUCUACCACAAGCAGUACAGCUUGAAGCGGAAAAGCGAGGAGGUGGACAGCAGCGACAGCGUCCAGAUACUGGAGGAGCUCUCGGCUCCUGUGGUCUCAAACCGUACGGGUGGUGGAGGGGGGACCACCACAGCUCAGUCCAUAGCACAUUCCACUUCUACUACGAAGAGCAGCAACUCCCACAGUGAGGGCGACUACCAGCUGGUCCAGCAUGAGAUUCUGUGCUCGAUGUCCAACAGCUACGAGGUGCUCGAGUUCCUGGGACGCGGUACCUUCGGCCAGGUGGCAAAAUGCUGGAAGCGCGGCACAAAUGAGAUAGUGGCUAUUAAAAUCUUGAAGAACCAUCCCUCUUAUGCUCGACAAGGUCAAAUAGAAGUGAGCAUCCUCAGCAGGCUGAGCACAGAGAACGCCGACGAGUUCAACUUUGUCCGCUCAUACGAGUGUUUCCAGCACAAGAACCACACGUGCCUUGUGUUUGAGAUGCUGGAGCAGAACCUCUACGACUUUCUGAAGCACAGCAAGUUCAGCCCCCUGCUGCUCAAGUGUAUUCGGCCUAUCCUGCAGCAGGUUGCCACAGCGCUGAUGAAGCUGAAAAGCCUGGGGCUGAUCCACGCCGACCUGAAGCCUGAAAACAUUAUGCUGGUGGAUCCCUUGAGGCAGCCGUACAGAGUGAAGGUCAUCGAUUUUGGCUCCGCCAGCCACGUGUCCAAAGCAGUUUGCUCCACCUACUUGCAGUCUAGAUACUACAGAGCUCCAGAGAUCAUUCUGGGCCUUCCUUUCUGUGAAGCGAUUGACAUGUGGUCUUUGGGAUGUGUCAUUGCCGAACUGUUUUUGGGAUGGCCCCUCUAUCCUGGUGCCUCAGAGUAUGACCAGAUACGUUACAUUUCCCAGACCCAGGGCCUUCCAGCAGAGUACCUGCUGAGUGCAGGAACCAAGACCAGCCGCUUUUUCAACAGAGGCCCUGACUCGAGCUAUCCCCUCUGGAGACUGAAAACACCCUCAGAGCACGAGGCAGAGAUGGGGAUCAAGUCAAAGGAGGCAAGAAAAUACAUCUUCAACUGUCUCGAUGAUAUGAUGCAGGUGAACAUGACAAACCUGGAGGGGACGGACAUCUUGGCAGAGAAGGCGGACCGGCGGGAGUUCAUAGACCUGCUGAAGAAGAUGCUGACAUUAGACGCAGACAAACGGAUCACGCCCAUGAAGACUCUGAACCACCCCUUCGUUACCAUGACACAUCUGCUGCACUUCCCUCACAGCUCACAUGUGAAGUCCUGCUUCCAAAAUAUGGAUAUAUGCAAACGCAGGUGCAGCGCAUUUGAGAAUGGAAAAAACAUGUUUGCCAGCAACAGUACCCCGAGUGCAGCCACCAACCUCACUGUCACCUUUAGUAGCCAACUAAACCAGCACAAUCAGAUGGCCUCUACAGGAGGUCAGUCCCUGUCCCUCAGCAGUAACGUCCCGUUGUUGAACUACCAGCCUGGCCUCUACCAGCAGGCCACCAUAAAUAUCCCUGGCCUGACCCAGCAGGGCGUGCCCCUGCAGACCAGACCCACCCAGCUCUGCGCCCAGACUGAGCCCUUCCAGCAAACGCUCAUAGUUUGCCCCCCCACCAUCCAGGGCCUUCAAACAUCCAAUAAGCCCUCUGGUUAUCCGGUGAGGAUGGACAACUCUGUACCCUUGGUUCCGCAGAACCAGUCGUCCCAGUCUCUUCACAUCCAGCCCGGCAUGCUGGCACAGGCCUCCUUCGACCCCCUGCUGGUAGGCAGCCUGUACGCCUCAGUGGCGGGAAUGCCGCAUUUAGGCUCGGUCCAGCUGCCAGUUGGCUGUAGGGGUGGAAGCCUCUACAGCUUUCUGGAUGAGAAUGCCGCCAUGCUGCAGGGCUGGCCAGCAGGCACGCAGCAGAUACUCAUCCCUUCCACAUGGCAGCAGAUGCCAGGCAUGGCCAUCCACAACCCCGGGCAGACCGUCGUGCCUGACUCACCUAUGGGAGCCCCUGUCUCUGACAGUCAACAAGCUUCUGGCUGGAGGGGUCGUCAUGGCAGCCAGUACGAUGGGGUCAGCCAGCAGGACUCUGGUGUUGGCCGUCACGCUGCCUCCCAAAACCACAACUCAGGGGCUGCUCACUCAAGAGCCCAACAGGGCAAGAGGUCAAAGGCUCGACAUGCCGAGAGCAGAGCCAGGCCUGUGUCAUCGGUGCAUUCAACCACCACUGUGGUCCACAACACUUCUACUUUUGCUGGUGACCAGUCUCAGCCCAUCGUCAUCUCUGACACGCCAAGUCCUGCCGUCAGCAUCAUCACCAUCCACAGCGACUCGGAGGAUGAGGAUGACAGGAAGUUCCCUGCUGCUUGCUCUGGAACGAGCCAGAGGACCAACGUGAUCAGCUGUGUGACAGUUCACGACUCCCAUGACUCUGACUCCUCCACCAGCAGCCCCCUCAGCCCCAAGACCACCUCACAGCCCACCAAGUCUCUGGCCAUUAUCAUGCCCUCUGUGAAGAGCCAGCCUGGAGAGAGCACAACCCACAAAGCUCCAGCAGCUCCAGAUCAAGCUACAAGUGGCUCUGGGAAGUCGAAGAAGGGGUCGACUCAGCAGUCGAGUCGGCCUGGAGAUUCCAACACCGAUCGCCAUCAACGGGCCGCAUCCAGCAGAUCUCAGCCUCUUAACCUGAGCCAGGUACAGCAGGCUGUGAUGUCAUCGUCCCAUGACCAAACAGGAAGCAGUAGUUCCCUGAGGCGGCAGCCCACGUACCCGCCUCCUGUCUCCUCCCACUCAUCCUACCGGCUUCAUGAGAACGCCCUCUUCAGCUCGACCCCCAACCUGUACGCCUACCCAGCAUCUGCCGCCCUGGCAUCCGUGUCCCAGGCCGUGGACCAGAUGCAGGGUGGCUCGUCCCGCCACAGCAGAGCGAGCGGGGCGUACUCUUCCCUGGCGCUGCUCCAGAAGAACGGCAGCUUAGCCCUGGGAGCGUCUGCUCCGGGACAGUACGGCAACCACACCCACCACCAUCAGCAACAGCAGCAGCAGCAGCAGCAGCAGCAGCAGCUGGGAGGGCAGCCUUUCCACCGCUCCAGCGCUGCUUACCAACGAAAGCUCAACCAGUAUCCCUACCUGUAAAGACUGACUGAAGGCUGAUUGAGACAGAAGCUCUACAUGAAGACCAAAUGGAGACCAAGACUAGAGAGGAGCACAGGCUCAUCACAGGCGGCUGUGAUUGGACUUGUUUUCAACUCAACUUUUUACUUUCCUUUACUGUCCAGUCUUUGUUUUUAGAACUUUCUCUGAUUAUUUUGGAUGAAAUAAUCACAGAAUUUAUUUAUACUUCAAUCAUGGUCAGUUUUUUUUCUUUUUUUUAAAAAUCUGUUCCUACUUUGGAGUUUGUGUUGUGUACCGCUAUGUUAACAGUGACAAACAGUGCCGUCUGGAGGUAUGUGAACAGCAGUGUGGCGGCGCUACACUCCAGCACAUCUGAUCUGAAACGAAACAUUAAGGAAGAGGUUAGAGUUCCAACUUUCAGCUUCGAUUUCAGAGCUUGUAAAUCCAGAUCAGAUAAACCAUGUGGGAACUGUAGCCCUUUUAAUACAGUGUCCAAAAAAAAAGUCUGUUACAACUUUCAGACUCUGCUGUAUGUUGAUUCUUAACAUGUAAAACCCAAAAUGUUGAUUUUAUUUGAGAAAAUUAUGUGUUGAGGAGAAACUGGAACUUGACUAACUGUUAUGCUGCUCUAAUUGUUAUUAUUCUUAUUAUUCUUAUUAUUAUUCUUGUCUAGCAUCAAGUAAUUGUUUAAACGUUGCAUUUACACGUACACAAUCGCCUUACUCAUUUAGGCCAAUUUCUUUUAUUUAAAAAUUUUAAGAUGUCAGCACGUUGUGAUGCGUUAGAUGAAUAUGUUGUACGUUUUCUUUAUGAAUGUACUGUGUGUGUGUGUGUGUGUGUGCGUGUGUUAUCUGUACUACAAAAACAAAUGGAGAACGUAAGCUAUGUACUGUACUGUAUAAUGAUGUGUCACUGUGUUCUUCAGUGUUUUCCAUGUUAAUUCUGAUUUAGUACUGGCCAUCGACUUAAUUAUAUUUAUAUGUUUAGUAUGCUGAAUGAGGCAGAACCUGUCACUGUAGAGUAGGGUGUGGUUUUCAGAGGGGAUUGCAAUGUUUUUUUUUCUUUCUUUUUUUUUUUUUUUACAGUUUUAAAAGUUAUUGUUAAGGUUGCAUGUGUCUGACAUGGAGUAGCAUUCAGGAGAGAUUUGUAAACUCGCAUAAGGAUUAGUAAUGUUCUGUUUAAUUUGUACGACAAACGCAUUAACGAUAUUGGGGAAAAAUGUUAAAGCUCUUGUCUCGUGAAGUGAUGUCUGUGAAGUAAAGCGUGCACAUAAAAUCUGAUUGGGUAUCACACUUAUCAUGUAAAAGUUAAAGCCAUUUAGACGACAACUGUAAAAUUCACAGUAAUGCGUUUGAAUUGUGAAUAAUCAAAUCUGACAGAGGUGAUUUAUAAAAAAUAGGAGUUGAUGUUCAGUAUGUUACUGCUUCUAAACAAAAUCAUUGGUUUGGUGAAAUGAUGGUUGUUCUUACAAUCCUGCUGUGUUUGUGAAGUGCUACAUUACAUAGAACACACAAUGAACCUUAACCCGUAUAUA